AUGUCGCUCUCUCAUGCUGUCGAGGCAGAGAAGUCGCCGAUCAAGGAGAGUCUAUCCGACACUGCCUGGGUUCCUGAUGCCACCGGCAACCACUCCUUCAACGAAGAAACGGCGUUCGGUGGCCUUUCCAAGACGAUGGCAGAGCGCGAGGCUCUGAAUCCGGACCUCCGCAAGCAAUUGCUCCUUGAGCCAGGCUACGACGACGAGCUCACUUGGACACAAGAGGAAGAGAACAGGAUUCGUAGGCGCACAGAUUUUCUGGCGUUGAUCCCUGCCAUGAUUGUCUUUAUCACACUGUCCCUCGAUCGAAGCAAUGUCGCCAACGCUCUGACCGACAACUUCCUCAAGGAUCUCCGCAUGAAUCAAAAUCAGCUCAACAACGCCACAACUAUCUUCAACGUCGGCAUCGUGGUCUUUGAGAUUCCCUGGAACAUGGCAGCAAAGAAGUUCGGUCCCCAUCGUUUCUUGCCCCUCACUGUCAUCUGCUGGGGUGCCGUCACUAUUGGUCAGGCGUGGAUCACCAAUCACCGUCAGCUGUACGCUACACGUGCUCUGGUUGGCAUUUUCGAGGCCGGCUUCAUCCCUGGAUUUGCGUACUAUCUGGGCCGCUUCUAUCGUCGAGACGAGCUCGCCAGUCGAUACGCAUUGUUCUGGAGCGCCAACAACAUCGCCAGCUGCAUUGCCGGAGUCUCGUCCUUGGGCAUUCUCACCCUGCGUGGCACGGCAGGCUUGGCAGGAUGGUCGUGGCUGUUCAUCAUAGAAGGUAUUCUGACCGUCGUUGCCGGCAUCUUUGCUCUGUUUUGGUUCCCGGAUGGCACCGUGGUUCCAGAAGGGUCGAAACUGCGUCGUGCAUGGUACACCGAGCGCGAAGGAAGGAUCAUGAUGACGCGCGUCCUCGUCGACGAUCCAACAAAGUGCAACGAGGUGCACCGGGGCAAGGUCAAGUUUGCUGAUAUCCUCGACACCGUCAGUGACUGGCGUGUGCUCUUGAUCGUUUUCUCGGCUCUCAGUGGCAUGAUUUCCACAGCCCCUGUCAGCACCUACGUACCGUUCAUCAUCAAGCAGCUCGGAUUCCGCAGGUACGACGCGAAUGGUUUGGCAGUUCCUGGUUAUGUUGCAGGGAUCGUUCUCAGUCUCACUGCAGGUGCCUGCGUGAGCAGGUGGGGCCGUCACUCGUACUGGGUGGCAGCUUAUAUGCUUGGCGGCGUCGUCGGCUUCCUCUGGAUCUCUUUGCCUCCUCAGGGCACGUCGCGGGCUGUCCUGCUCGUAGGCGCACUGGUCAUGACUGCGUUCAGCGCAUCAUUCGUUGGAGUCAUGGGCUCAUGGAUUUCCAACAGCGUUCAAUCUCGACAGCGUCCGAUCGCCCUGGCCCUUCUGGUGAUGGCAAACAACGCAGCAGGCUUGGCAGGUGCACAGGUGCUGCGCGCGAAGGAUGCUCCCCGCUACAAGCACGGCUUUCUUGCGCUCGUAGGAACGUCUGGCUUUGGUGCCUUGCUGGCUCUGUCCGCCGGGGUCGCGCUGCGGAAACGUGCUCGCAAAUCGCAACAAUAA